AUGGCAACGCAAGACGAAAUGGAGGCGCUCCUGUGUGAGCUCAGCACAACCACCGGCACCAUCGCCGAGGCUGUUCGCUACGCGCACAAAUACCUCCAGUCACCGGAAUGCCAGAGCACAGCAGUUGAUAUGUUCCCACCAACGCAGCUGGCCCACUCGAUCGGCAAGCUCUGCCGUUGUCGUGGCAUGAUUCAGGAAGUCCAACCCGAGCUUCAUCUGUUCUGUGCCUCCCGACAGAACUUCUUUUCUGCUAGCAGUGUGGAGACGCUGGACGGGAGUGACAGGGAGUAUAUGGACGCUGUUUCGCUGUACGUGAUCCCGGUCCCCGGUAACCUGCAUUUUUACACGAUGGAGGAACCGUCGCGCAGCCUCGGCGCUGCACACUGUGACACGCUUCGUAAGCGCAGCGACCGCGACAGGGACGCCUCGAUGGCGGCCUUUACGAGCGAUACCGAGAACGAUCUCAUCCGGAAGUACGCCAGGCAUACAGUCAGCGCGAGCGACACCACCGCCCCACCGGCACAGUCAUCAGGCAUGUCCGCGGAUGGGCCGUUUUUGAACUUUCCGCAUCCUCCGUGCAACCGCCAGCUGCAGGGCGCCUGUGUCGUCACGGUGCUCCUCCCGGCCGAAGAGGGUACACGUCCGAAUCCGUUUCGCAUCAAUGAUGUGAUAGAUUUCUACGGCUACCAGCACUUCCCCGACGACCAACUAGAGGUGAACGAAAGGGACGACUUCGCGCACUUUAGUGCAUGGAAUGCUACCGAGCUGUCAAGAGGCCUUGUAAGCAGACUCCUCUGUCUCUCCUACGCACCGGUGAGCUCCCUGCAGCUGCGACGCCGCAUAGCGAUGCCGAAGCUCAUUGUAUCGUCCAUGGCGGAGGCUCGCGCCAAUGCCUUAGCAUACCUUAUAAACACAGUGACCAAAGGCGACGCGCUCACAGCAAAGUACCUGCUGCUUCAUCUGUGCGCAAGAGUGAGGAUGCAUAGCGCCUCGAUGCCUGUCGGUGACCUCCCGUUACUGAUUAGCUCCCCUCAGCUCGUUGCAGCAGAGUGGUCGGCGCACUUACGUGAGAUCGUGCCUGUGGCGGAGAUUCUUCUCACAGGGGACGUGCUGCGGCCCCUUCCGCAUGUCCGUCUUACCCCAAAGUACAACAAGGAGCUGAAUUACCUUGAAGCGGGUCUCCUGCAGGUUGCCCACGGCACACACAUCACGGUCGACUGCGCAUCCCUCGGCGCACUCGAGGAGAAGUGGUACGAGGGAAUGUUUGCGCUGAUUCACAAGCAGCAGCUGCUGUUGGAGUAUCCCUAUCAGACAUUGGAGCUUCCAGUGGAUGUUUCGAUGCUCGCGCUGCACAACACAGGCGCAUCGGAAGCUCUGCACCCACUCUUUCGCUUCGCUAUGAGUAUACGGUGGUGCCCCUGCCCAAGCGUAUCGGCGCAGGACGUCGCCCUGAUGCCUCACAUAAGCAGCAGUGCGGUGCGAGACUAUCUGGACUCUGUCCGGUGCCUCGAAGCAACAUCGCUGAUGGACGACGCACUAUCGGACAGGGCGUCACGCGCACUCUUCGAGAUGUCAGCAAACCUGCCCGGGUGGAAUAACCGAGAUCCACUGCUGCACAACAGCACCUUUUCGGUUGCCAUUGCUCUCAUGCGCGCACACGCGGCGAGUCACGGGCGUUUCGACUUCACUGCAGAAGAUAUUGCUGCCGUCUGCGACCUCGAGCAGGAGCGCAUGGAGCGCCUGCGCACGCCCCCACUCGCGGCCCCUCCGAUCGCACAUCCAGGUGUCGCGUAA